AGGGCUCUGGCGCUUUUCCCGGCAGCUUCUCCAGAUCCAGGGGCGUUUGUUUGGAUUCCCUGCGGAAAAAUGCGGGCUGGAAUUCCUGCUGACUGCAGAGGGAUCAAACCUUAACCAGCGAGUCCCGCCCUCUCCUCGCCAUUGGGCGCUCGCAGCCCUUUUGUACGCGGCGAGAUGCAGCUGUCAGCCCGCCCGGCUCCCCAUCCCCGCUCGCUGCCGGACUAGGAAUGGGCAGGAGGAGCUCGCCCGUCGCCCUCCUGGUGGCCCUGUGGCUCGGCCAGCUGGGUACGUGGGCAGCGGGACGCCCCAAGGUGAACCCCAGGAUCAUCGCGGCUCCCCAAGGUGCCAAGGAAUAUGUGUUCCCGCGGACGGAGAGAUUCCCGGUGUUCUUCCACCAGGAAAACACCUCCUCCAUCUACGUUGGGGGUGAGGGGCGGCUCUACUACUACGACUUUGCGACCCGGGAGAACUACACGGAAGAGUUCCCGGUGAAAAAUGAAGGCCAGUGCGUGACGUCUGGGAAUUUGGAGGACAGCCGGAAUUACCUGACCCUGGUGGAGCAGUACGGGGAUGGGCUCUUGGUGUGCGGGACCGGCGCCUGCGCUCCCACCUGCUGGAAUGUGACGCAGAGGAAGGAGAGCCCGCCCUGGGAUGGGAGAGGGAUCGCUCCGUUUACCCCCGACUCCAACACCCUCGUUGUUGUCGAUGGCCAGGACAUCUACUCCACCAUCAAGAAGAGCCAGCAGAACGGGAAAAUCCCUCGAUUCCGCCGCGUCAGGGGCGGAGGAGAGCUCUACACCAGCGACACGGUGAUGCAGAACCCGCAGUUUGUCAAGGCCACCACACUGAGGCAUGAGGAGCCUCACCAGGACAAGAUUUAUUACUUCUUCCGCGAGGACAACCCGGACAAGAGCCCCGAGGCGCCCCGGAACAUCUCGCGGGUGGCCCAGCUGUGCAAGGAGGACAAGGGAGGAACCAGCUCCCUCUCAGCCUCCAAGUGGACCACGUUCCUCAAGGCCACCCUGAUCUGCGUGGACCCCGUCACCAAGGGCAACUUCAACUGGCUGCAGGACGUCUUCUUCGUCCCCGCGGACGACUGGCGGCGCUCCAAGGUCUACGGGCUCUUCACCAACACCUGGGGAAGCUCUGCUGUCUGCGUCUACUCCUUCGGGGACAUCGACAACGUCUUCCAGACCUCGCGGCUCAAAGGCUACAACGGCCCCACCCCGGAGGUCAAACCUGGCCAGUGCGUCCCCUCUGGGCAGCACACGCCGAGUGAGACCUUCAAGAUUGCCGACAGCCACCCCGAGGUGGAGGAGCGUGUGGAGCCGCUGUCCCCCUCCAGGAGCCCCCUGUUCCACAACAAACACCGCUACCAGAAGAUCGGCGUGCACGAGGUGGCCGCGGGUGACGGGCAACGCCACAACGUCCUCUACCUGGCCACAGACAAGGGGUCCAUCCACAAGGUGGUGGAGCUGCCAGACGGCGUGCAGAACAUCAUGGAGAUCCAGGUGUUCCCCAACAAGGAUCCCAUCCAGUCCAUGAUCCUGGACCACGCCAGGGCCGUGCUCUACGUGGGCUCCAGCAGCCGCGUCCUGGAGCUGCCCAUGGACAUGUGCGGGGCCUACCGCAACAACUGCCACAGCUGCGUGCUGGCCAGGGACCCCUACUGCGGCUGGGCCAACGGCUCCUGCCUCUCGCUGGCCCGCAGCCGGGAGGUGCUCCAGGACCUGAACUUGGACUCGUGGCGAGGAAACUGCCAGAGGGGCGAUGUCAAGGAAGGUGACUUCCGCAACAUCUCGGUGAUGCCCUUCUCCCGCUAUUACCUCAACUGCUCCAUCGAGUCCCACUACGCCACCUACAACUGGUACCACGAGGACGUGCUCAUCAAGAGCUGCAACACGUCCCACCCGCAGCACGACUGCUUCCACUUCAUCCCCAGCGUCCGCCGCGAGCACUACGGCCACUACGUCUGCGUGUCCGAGGAGGACGGCUUCCGCCAGGCUCUGGUCAAGGAGCGCCUGCUGGACCGCCUGCGCUUCCUGUCCCAGCGCGGCCGCGCUCCGGCCACUCUGGCCUCGUGGUUCCAGCUGCUGCUCGCUGUGCUCCUGGCCGAGCUCUUCCACUGAGGCCCUGCCUGCUGCCGCCGUUCCCGCGGCUCCCCCGGAGCCUUCGCCUUCCUCGCCGCGGGCCUCGCUGGCGGAGCCUCGGGAGGAGGGCGCGACACGCGGUGGCCGCUCCGCUGGCCGGCCAUGCAUGCGCUGCUCCCCAGGGCGCGGCCACUCCUUGCAUGUGAUGAAGAUGAGGAGGAGCAGGAGGAGGAGGAGCCGGCCCUCGGCCUCCGGACUGCGGGAUCCCCGCGGUUUUGGCGGAUGAUGUCGGGGUUGGCAGCAGCUGGGACACCCCCGGCGUCACUCGCGAGUCCCCUCCGGCUCCGGAGGGCUCGGAGGCUCCAGGGGGGGCUCGGUUCGUUGUUUUUGUUUUCUGUUUGCAGCCGGCUUUGGUGUGGGAGGGAUGUCGGGAAUCGGCGCCGCGUUGGGAAUUUGCAUGGAAAAGCCUUGGAAGGUGACUGGAUUUGGGGUGUGGGGACGGGAAAGUGGGAGCGCAGAGCCCGGAGCGGGGCGGGAGGCGCUGGGCAGACGCUGGAGACGCACAAAUCCUCUGCAGGCGGCUGAGGGGCCGUGCCCACUCCCACCCCACCCGGGAGUGCUCAGGGAAAGCGGCCGCGGAUCUCAGGGCACCGGGGGUGGCCGCGCCUGUCCCCGGCUCUGCCCCUGUCCCCCGAGCCGGGCACGGGCCGGGCCCGGGCUGCGCUCCCCCCGCGCUUUCGGAGCUCUCGGAGCGAGACUAAACUGUGAAAACCGGGAUUUUCCCCCUGAAAAAGGGGGGGGGUCCCUCUCCUUGUCCAAACCUUGCCCAGCCCGGAACGGCCCGGCCUCGGGCGGGGACACCCUGGGGACACCCAGGCCGUGCUUCCAAUGCCUGUCCUGGCUCCUGCUCGCUCAGGAGCGGCCUCGGGGCCUCUCCACAUCCCACGGACAGAGCUUCCUACUGCACUACACCCCCGAGAUGCUCCCCAGCCCAGGACAGAG